AUCAUAAGGAUCCUAUUUAUGUGUGAACAAGGUGUGGCUAUCUUAGCUAUCUUUCUUCUUCACAUGAGAAAAGCCAGCUUUAGAAGAAAAAAGUUUUUAAAAAAUUGUCAUUGUCAACAAUGGUUUUCACUUCCUUUUCUUUAGCUGGCCACCUUGACCCGUUUCCAAUAGUGUACGAAAUGAUUCGCAUUGAGAAAAUAUUCAUAACCUCAAUCUUCAUUCAUGAUUGAAAAUAUUUUGAUAUUCAACAGCUCCAUUCUUCCAUCCCUUCCCACUUACUUCUACAGCACCCAUCUGGGAUUUUUCUUCACUAAACACCUUAGUUUUCCUGUUUGAAAAACUGCUUGACCUGCAGGUUAUUUAGUAGACCCACAAGGCAAUUCAACACCUUGUAGUUCAGGCUUUUUGGAAAUUGGAAUUGGAACUCACUCCCAAGUUCAGGUUUUUAUUUUUUCUGGAAUAGGAGUUUGCUUUGUUGCCCUUUGUUUUUAUUAGCUUUCCCGUUUUUCUUUUUCCUUUUUUGGGUGAUGGUUUAGGAUUACAAGAAGAUAUAUGGUUAAGAAUUUUGGUGUUUGAAAGCUUCCAAAGUUUGUAGCAAUGAGAGGUGGUUUCUUUGGUGCCUUCAGAUGCUGUAAAGGGGACAAUGAUACCAUUCAGCCAGGGAUUCCUACGAACAAUGCAAGGCUCUUUUCUUACAACUUAUUGAGAUCAGCAACAGGCAAUUUCCAUCCAACAAACAGAAUAGGCGGAGGUGGUUAUGGAGUUGUCUAUAAGGGAGUUUUCAAAGAUGGUACUCAAGUUGCAAUCAAAUGUCUUUCUGCGGAGUCUAAACAAGGAACCAAUGAAUUUCUGACAGAGAUUAAUAUGAUAUCAAACAUAAGACAUCCAAACCUUGUUGAAUUCAUUGGCUGCUGUGUUGAGGGAAAUCAUCGGAUAUUGGUGUACGAAUAUCUGGAAAACAAUAGUCUUGCAAGUGCUUUGCUUGGUUCAAAAAGCAAGCAUGUUGCUCUGGAUUGGCCAAUGAGAGCUGCUAUAUGCCUGGGUACUGCGUCUGGUCUUGUGUUUCUUCAUGAGGAAGCCGAACCACACGUUGUCCACAGGGAUAUUAAGGCUAGCAACAUACUUCUUGGCAGAAACUUUGAUCCUAAAAUAGGUGAUUUUGGGCUGGCAAAGCUUUUUCCAGACAAUGUCACUCAUCUUAGUACUCGAGUGGCGGGAACUGAUGGAUAUCUGGCCCCAGAGUAUGCGCUUUUAGGCCAACUUACGAAGAAGGCCGAUGUAUAUAGUUUUGGGGUGGUUAUGCUUGAAAUAAUUAGUGGCAGAAGCAGUAGUAAGUCAGCAUUUGGGGAAGAGCUAAUGGUUCUGGUUGAAUGGACAUGGAAACUAAGAGAAGAAAAAAGACUUCUGGAGAUUGUUGAUCCUGAAUUGACAGCAUAUCCAGAGGGCGAGGUGCUGCGCUUCAUUAAGGUCGCUUUGUUUUGUACCCAAGGCAGUGCUCACCAAAGGCCAACCAUGAGGCAAGUAGUGGAGAUGCUUUCCAAAGAGGUUCACCUAAAUGAAAGUGCACUAACAGAGCCAAGAAUAUACAGGGGACAUUCCUCUAAACAGUUGGGUGGUGCUAGUACAGAUGAAUCAUCGUCUUCUCAGGCAGAAAAGAGAAAGCAACCAGUAAAUCCUUUUGUAAAUUCUAAACAUUCAUAUAACUCUCAAGGCUCUGAUAGUGUGACCCAGAUGCUUCCCAGAUGAUGCAUUUACCAAUGUUGUAUAUUAUUCUUUGUUU